AUGUUGGCCCUCAUGCCACAGUCACCUGGCAUAUCGAACUUCUAUGCGCCCUCGACAUCAACCAUGUCGCUCGCGCUGCUUCCUUCCUCGCCAGUAACUUACGACCCAUCGAACGUACCAACAUUACUACCACCGGGACCUCCAGCUUCGAAACGACCCAAGCUCUCGUUGAACACCUCCAGCGUUGCGCCUAUAUUCGGGAAGAAUGCGACAAGUCUGAGAUUAGAGACAAUUCGCAACACAUUUCGCAAUACGCACGAAUCGCAACGGAGGGCUGGAAGCAAUCAGAUCAAACCGAGACUGACGCCGCUGUCGACCAGUGUACAACUGUCGGAACCUUCGCCCAUGAACGAGCAGGCGGCAAGUGUUGAGGAAGAGAGCAAGGAUGAACCAACACCCGCAUCGUCCGAAUCGACGUCUUCAGCAUCGACAGUCGAAACAACACCUCAAGAGGCGCCAUACAAACUACCUUUCAACACGACUUCGAUACUGACAAACGGACCAAUACCACGCACAACUGGCCGACGAACAUCUUUCUCUCAGACCCGACCGAUGUUCCCAACGGCGAAGAAGGUGCUGUUCCGCGCUGAGCUGACGGAAGAGAUCGAGACCACGAAGUACACGUUGAAGCACUCUGACAUUGAGGCGAUACUACCCGUCGAGACGGCCAAAGAAAGAGACGAAGAGCCGAAGCAGAACCACGAAGAGGAGGGCGCAGCGUUGAAAGAACGAACUACCAUGCCGCGGACGGGACACAAGCGCGAUUCGUCUGAGGAUGACAGCGAUACGUGUCCUGCGACACCUGUAGCGGGACGACAGAAGAAGCAUCGUCGGUGGAGGUGGACGUUGGAGCCUGUAUCUCCCGCAUCACCUGUGAAGCAGAAGCAGGAAGAAGAUGUCGGCACGGCUGGGGAUGAUGGUGCAGCAGCUUAA